CGGCUCUGCGUCCUUUUCCUCGGGAAGGAGCCGCGCCGAGGUCCCGCCGAGCGAGCCGGCCAGCCUGCGCUUGGCGCCGAGGCCCCUCCGCCCCCCGGCGGGUGUACGUGUUGCCAGGCCGGUUUACACGAGUCACAUGGGCGGCCCUUCGCGCCGCAGUUGGGUCGCCUUCGGGCCGCCGCCUCCCUCCCGCCUCCUUCCCGCCUCCCUGCCAACUGCAGCCUUGUCCCUGCGAAGGAGCCGCCGCCGCCGCCGAGGAGGGAGGGAGGGAAGGAGUCCCGCGGCUGCAAUGGCUGCCACCGAGAGCCGGGAGCGGAUCCUGUGCCUCUUCGACGUGGAUGGGACCCUCACCCCGCCUCGCCAGAAAAUUAAGCCUGAAGUAGACGAGUUUCUUCAAGAGCUGCGUACGAGAGUGUUAAUUGGGGUAGUGGGUGGCUCAGACUACUCCAAGAUAGCUGAGCAGCUGGGUGAAGGAGAUGAAGUUAUCGACAAGUUUGAUUACGUCUUUGCAGAAAAUGGCACCGUGCAGUACAAGAAUGGGCAACUGGUCUCCAAGCAGGCUAUCCAGAACCACCUUGGGGAAGAACUUCUGCAGGAUCUGAUCAACUUCUGCCUCAACUACAUGGCACUUCUAAAGCUGCCCAAGAAACGGGGGACGUUUAUUGAAUUUCGCAAUGGGAUGUUGAACAUCUCUCCUAUUGGUCGAAGCUGCACUUUGGAAGAACGAAUAGAAUUUUCAGAACUGGACAAGAAAGAGAGGAUUCGAGAGAAGUUUGUAGCUGCCUUACAGAGGGAGUUUGCUGGCAAAGGCCUGCGGUUUUCCCGAGGUGGGAUGAUCAGCUUUGACGUCUUCCCAGAGGGCUGGGACAAGCGCUAUUGCCUCGAUAUCCUUGAGGAUGAGAGAUUUGACACCAUCCAUUUCUUUGGGAAUGAGACAAGUCCAGGUGGGAAUGAUUAUGAAAUCUAUGACGACCCUCGCACGGUGGGGCACAGCAUCCAGUCUCCCCAAGACACAGUCCGGAGGUGCCAGGAGAUCUUCUUUCCAGAGACAGUGAAUGAAUCUUGACUCGUGGUGUCCCUGCUGCUCUCGAUCACUCGGAUGAGACCCUCACUCACCUUAGGAAAGCACCUUUUGGAUCCUUUCAGGACUUGCUGAGGCCCAAGGUCAAAAUGCACUUUGGAAACGGGAACUGGAGUGUCAGAAACGGAGGGAGAUGAUGAAAGCUGUUCAUCAGUUACGCCAUCAUCUUGCUACUGGGGAGCUGCAGAACCCCAGUUGCCAUACCCUCAUUCCCACCAAACGAGGUAAAGUGUUGUUGUUUAUGUUUAAAGUGAAACCUGUAUCCUAGUUAAGGCUUUUUUCCUUUCUUAUCUGGAAGCUAAUAAUCACCCUUCCCCACAGAUUCACCCAAAUGAACCUAUUUUUGAGAUGGUGAUUAUAAUGAUUGAAAUAAUUUAUAUACCCCCUUCCAUUUCUAGAAGAAAUGCGAAGGCGAUAUUUUUGAGAUGAAUCUCAGAAAGACACUAAAGUUAUAUUUAAAAGGGAGCAGGGCCUGUAGUGUUACAAGUACAAGACCUGUCAAGUAUUUUCAUAUUCUUGAACCAUCAAUGUGGUUGGCAAAUUAUUUUUUGAGAGCCUUUUUAAUGUGCGAAAGGAGAGCGUAACCUGAACGAUAAAUAAUGGCCCCUCCUAGCAGUAGUAAUGUUUUGUUUUGUUUUUUAGACAUUGACACAUGGCUAUUGUGCCAGAAUGUGGAUGGAAUAUGCACUUCACAUCCAUUGAAAGCAAUGCAGUAUGGAUGCUGGCAUCCACACUGAGAUGCACAUCUCAUUUAUGCCUGGGCUUCCUGAUCUGGCAGGUGAUACCUGUACAGAAACUUUCUGCUGCAUGCAGAUCUCCAUCACUCGAUCAGGCUGAACAACAGUGCUGAAUUGUGCAUAUUUAAACAGUUUUCAGCUAUGUUAGUUGGAUGACCUUUGAGCAAUGUUAGGGAUUGUGCUGUUGUAAAGGACUUUGUAACAAAGGCAACAUGUUCAUUUGGCCCCCAAAGUAAAGAGUAUAAAAGACCAUGGGGCCCUUCAACAAAAUGUUGCAGUGUGGAGAGUUCCUGUUCAGUGCCCUCCCCCCGGAUAUUCCAUUCCAUCCUCAGAAAGCAUUCUGUGGCCCCUGAGCACCUUCAGGCUUCAGCAGUUGUUUUGGGUGGUGGUUGUUUUCCUUAAAUAUCCUCUGUUCUUCUUGAGCUCUUCCCAAACCUGCAACUAUCUCCCUCUUCUGUAUAUGUGGUGUUUUGUCUACAUAAACAAUGGCACUCGCACUGAAAAUAGGGAGAAUCAUGGUUUGAGCAUAGGGCAACAGAAGGACCAAGUUCUAAUGCAUUCACACAUUCAUAAAUCCAGAUGAAUUAAACCAGGUUUAUGAAUGAGGAAAUGUUUACAGCUGUAGCUUUAAUAUCAUUCCUGAUUAGUCAUCAGAUUGCGAUGUAGAUUUCCUUCUAGACUUGUCUGAUUAAGAAUCUAAAGUUCAGAUUUACUAAAUGUUUGAAUGUGAAAUUAGCUAUAAACUACUGAGAAUAGCCAAACUGUAGCAAACAUUGCUACUGUUUAUUGUUUCUAUAAGCAUAUAUUCUAUUUUAAAUUACCUUCAGUGUAGACAGAGCAGCAGCCUUCGUUACUGUAGUCUCCAAACCCUGGAUUUUUAUAUUUAACACAGAAAUAUUUUCUUUAUUUUCCAGAGGGGUAAUGGUGUUAGUCUACUGCAGCAAAAACAAAGAGACUAAAUAUUUGCCUGUUUCUGCCUUUAGAUAAAAAUAGUGAUGGUUAAUUGCAAAAGGUUCUUCCUCUGGUUGGUGACUUCCCAUGAGAGUACAAUUAUAUAUGCUAGGGCUUGGCAAUAUAUCAAUAUAUUGUCCAAAACCCGUUUGAAGGCCAUAUGGUGAUAUCAGUUUCAUAAAUCACGAAUCAUGGUGUGUGUUCAGACUGGACGAUAUAUCAUCCAAAACUGGUUUGAAGUCCAUUUCAUGGUAUCGGGUUCAUAAUUUUGGACCUGGCAAAGUAUCAUAAAUCAUAAUGUGUGUAUGUAUGUAUGUAUGUAUGUUGCUAUGCAAAAAUCACGGUGUUAACUCUUGUCGGCUCAGCUCUUCCCUGCCUCCUGCAGGGAGCAGCAAAUCACAAGAGCAGUCGCUGGCAAAAAUCACGAUGCAGGAAAAACUGUGACGCCAGCCAACGCCUCUAUAUAGCUCCAUCCUUAUUUCAGACAUUGUGAUAUAUUGGUAUAUCACGAUGUUUAGCUGUGGCUAUAUCAUGAUGUUGAAAACCAGCCCUAAUAUAUGCAUUCCACAUACUGUGCCACACUUAAGAUUGAGUUGCUUCAUGCUGCUUACUUUUCAUUAAACAAACAAAUAAACAAACAAACAAACAAAAACAACCCCAGUUCCUAGCUCUCAUGGUUUCAUGCACAGUGUUGUGAAUUUGGAAGCAAAGCCUUCCAAGCAGUAAAAGAACACAGAACUGGAUGCUAUGACUCAACUUUCCUUUGUAUCUGUUAAGAUGCCCCUCUGGUCAUUGUCUUGUCUGCCCUUUGUAUCCUAUUCCCUUCUACACUUGUCCUCAUCAUUCUUUCACCCCAGUCAAAAAAUCUCAAUAUUUUCCAAUAAGCCAACAAUGUAUUUCACUCGGAGCCAGUUAUGGGUUGACAAUUUGCAUAUUUACAGGUUUAUGCUGAUGAAGAUGAGCAUUGUUUUUGUCAGUGCCAAUAGAUCAAGGGUACAGAA